UGUAAUUCGACUUUGCCGCCAGUUCUUAGUUAUUCGUCUUGGUUUCUCGUAUUCACGUAUUAAUCUUGAGACCAGAGAAUGUUAUGUUAGAAAAAUAAAAACUUUUUCUAUUCUAUAUAUUUCAAUUCUUUAGCAAAAGAUUUAAAAUGAAGUCUCGCUUUCUAACGAGUUAUUAAUAAUUUAGUUAUUUGUAAAUAUAAACAGUUUAAUGUUAAUUAAUUUAUUUUUCGAUUUUUAAACUAUUCUGUAAUAUAUAAUGGAUAGUAAGAUUGAGAAAAUGGAGGUUGAAUGUUCAGGGAGUUCUGGAAUGAAAUCUUCGAAAAGUAUCCCUUGGAUUGAAAAGUACAGGCCUCAGAAAUUUCAUGAUAUUGUUGGAAAUGAAGAUUUAGUUUCUCGAUUAGAAGUAUUUUCAAAGACAGGGAACACACCUAACAUUAUUAUUGCUGGUCCUCCAGGUGUUGGUAAAACUACUACAAUAUUGUGUUUAGCCAGAGUUCUUCUUGGCCCUGCAAUGAAAGAAGCAGUGUUAGAAUUAAAUGCGUCUAAUGAUCGUGGCAUAGAUACAGUUAGAAACAAAAUAAAAAUGUUCGCCCAACAGAAAGUUACGUUACCCCCUGGAAGACAUAAGAUUGUAAUUUUAGAUGAAGCUGAUAGUAUGACAGAUGGUGCUCAACAAGCUCUCAGAAGAACAAUGGAAAUCUAUAGUAAUACAACAAGGUUUGCUUUAGCUUGUAACAACAGUGAGAAAAUCAUUGAACCCAUUCAGUCACGAUGUGCCAUGUUGCGAUACGAAAAACUCAAAGAUUCUCAAGUUCUGGCAAAGCUUCUAGAAAUUUGUGAAAAAGAAGGGGUAUCCUAUACUGAUGAUGGUUUAGAAGCUGUUGUUUUUACAGCACAGGGUGAUAUGAGGCAAGCUCUAAACAAUUUGCAGUCUACGUUAAAUGGAUUUGGUCAUGUUAAUAGUGAAAAUGUCUUUAAAGUAUGUGAUGAACCACACCCCUUACUUGUAAAAGAAAUGCUUCAACACUGUGUAUCAUCUGAUAUUGAAAAAGCUUAUAAGAUUUUAGCUCAUUUAUGGAAACUUGGUUAUGCUGCUGAAGAUCUGAUUGGAAAUAUAUUUAGAGUAACAAAGAGUCUUGAUAUUCAAGAACCUUUGAAAUUGGAAUUUAUUAAGGAAAUUGGAUUAACUCAUCUAAAGAUCAUAAGUGGUAUCAAUUCACUUUUGCAACUUAGUGGUUUAUUGGCUAAACUUUGUAAGAUAAAUUCUGCAUAAUAAUCUUAAAUGUGGAAUUGUUAGUUGUUUUCUUCAUAGAAGAGUUUCUACAAAAACUUUAUUCUAUAUACUACUAAAAGAAUAUUCUAAAAACAUAUAUUUUGAAUAUAACAUUAUUUAUCAUCUACUUAUAAAAUAUCUGAAAAGGUUAUGAACCGUGGAUUGUAAAUUGUAUAUAUUUAAAUAGUUUAGUUAUAAUAAUAAUAAUGCAAAAGGAAAAUUUUGUAUGUAUUUGUUUUUUAAAUAAAUGAUUAAGUAUUGCUACAA